AUGAUGGACGAAAACUCAGACCCUUUUCACCCGAAACGAGGGAGGUCUCGUGGACUGCGUCAACCUGAACGUCAUAUCAAAGCCAAACGUCCUCUUCUGGUGAGAUCGACCUACGAAUCUCUUCUUCUUCAUGCACUUUCAUACGAAAUCAAAGUCCCUCCAACAAUGUUAUCUCAUGAGAUUCAUCGAAACCCAUUUACUCUUCGUAGGCCUAGGCAGUUUUUAUUUUGUCUCUUGUUAGUAUUUGAAGAACAUUCUCUAUUUAUUGACAUUUGGACAGUCGUCAAGGCGUUGAAAGAAGCGAUGCCGGAUUUGGAUGCUACCGGCGCCAAAAAAUGUGCCAAUCUGAGACGUAAGUAUGCGGUAAUGCUGUCAUGGCUACCACUUACUGACUACGAUGAUGUCCAUCGUCUUCCUGGGCUUGUUCGGUUUCAACAUUCCGGUACUGGCAACGCAACUGUACCUGACGCGUACCUCACGAUCCUUCUCAAGCAGAGUCAGCUCACUGCUGGAAACCUUCUGGAGCACGUCUGCACUGCAUUGAAUGCACUCCCAUUCCACGGCGAUGGUGGGCUCCUGGUGGGAGCAGGUGAACCGGCUGCCAGGGAUGAAAUAGAGCUGUGUGAAUAUGUCUCCGAUGGGUUUGGGGAAGCGCUGUGUGAUGGUUAG